CGCAUCUGAGCCCUCUCUGUUUUACACCACUUCGCCGCUGACAGAGCUCAGCAACCCAAGCACAUCUUCAAGCCCGACUGGCCCGCCGGCCACCUUUAAACUGUCCCAUCUAAUAACCCCGCCGACGUCGACCACGUCACAACAGAUCCCUCGACCACGCCCAGCUAUACCCAUGCCCUCAGCCGACGUCACGCCAUUCUCCGGUCGCCGAGACAGUACGAACAUGCUCACUGCCGAUUGGGUCCGUGCAGUCCGCCAAAUGGUCGCCGACCGCCAAUACGCGACAACCGACGAACAGAUACGCGCUGUCAACUACCAUCUGAAACCAGAUAGUCCGGCAGAAGACCACAUGCUCGGCUUGGCAGCAACGUCGCCGGCACGCGCGUCCCUCGAUGCGUACCUGGGCGAGCUCGCAACCACAUUUCCGGGCCUCAAGCCGAUUCGUCGCACCGCCGCUUCUUAUGAGGCGGAGCUCCUGAAAACGAGGAUCACGGUGGCAGAGCUUGCCGCGGAGACGGUGAAGAGAGGGGAGGUGGAAGUCUACGUCCAAGAGGACUUUGCGAACCAGGUGGAGGACUUGGCCAUGCAGGCAAAAGUCAAAGGCACACUCGCUGGGUACCCGCUGUGGAAGGAGAACCAACCAAGCAUAAUCGUAAAGGCCCUUACACCAGAUCCGACGAGCUGGGCAGGCGUGGCCGCACAGAUCCGGGCAAUCGCUAACUCGGACAUCCACGAACUCGCAGAAGGUUACCGGGCCGCGGCCAACACAUUGCGAGAACAACAACUCCUCAAAGCCAAUGUCAACGACUUGACGCGCAGCUUUAGCGCCUUCCGGUUGUCUCCGACGUCCCACGCGACUGCCGCCGUAGCUUCCAAGCCGGCGCACGUCCCCCCGGCAACCAGCCGACCACCGAACGUGACCCAGCAAGACCGACCCCGUCAGGCGCAAUUCGAAAGAGACUACACCCCGACGACAGAAGAGGUCGCGCAAAUCAGGGCGGCUCGCGAGAAGUGUAUUUCACUCGCACAACCGGACACUCCGCAAGGACGGGCCACGUACAACCAGCAACGAGCUGCAUGGGCGACUCAGCACGACGCUGCACGACUAGCCGGCAACCAACACCUUUGGGAAACCGGAUACCCGCUCGCCCCUGGAACGCAGGCACCAUGCAGCCGCGAAUGCUGGAAGUGCGGGUACCCCCGUCAUGGAGGUGGGGAGUGCACGGCGCCGUUUGUCCCUAGCGACGAGCGCCGGUUCCGGUACCUCUGCCACACAUGGCUGGGCCAGACACGCGCCGGGCCAGCCCCAGUGCCCGUGAACGUAGUUGAUUGGACUUCAAUUGGGACGCCGACGGAGGAGGACCUCCGGGAUUUUCAGGCGGGGCUGACGCAAUAGGCGAUGCAUCGGCCCCAUACUCUGGCCAAUUGGACGUGCCGGAGGGUCACCAGCAUACAGUCGACACUAAUGUAUUGC